UUUUCAGUUGCCAAUGUUAUUUAAACUUGUCAAUUAAAGUAAGAGUUGUUUUGUUUAAAAAAGAAAGCUAAAUUUUGCUAAACAAAAAAAAUAACAACAACAAAAAAAAAAUGAGUUUUGUUAAAUGUCUAUUUAGUGGAUGCCUCAUAUUUGUAUCAUUACAUUUGGUUUUAUCUGCUGUAUGUCCAAAUAAUAAACUAUGCCGACCGGGACUUUUGACGUCAUCGAUUACAACAUUAAGCAGUUAUGUAAGUACAAAUCGAAUGCCGUUUACUCUGUUAAACAGUUCCGCUCUUCAAAAAACAUCAGCAAAAAAUGAACAGCAUUGCCUCCAGAAAUGCUACGCUUUGUCAACGUGUCUUUCAAUUAAUGUUUUAAGUAACAUUUCUGAAAACAUUGAAAUUGAAUGCCAACUUCUUGGUGAACAAGCAUAUACGAAUAAAGAAAAACUUGUUUUUCAAGCAAAUUCCACCCACUACACAAUACUGAAUGCCGGUUGUGAAAAAGGUUUAUGUUUGAACAAUUCAACAUGUAUACCAAACUAUAAUGACGACAGCAGUACUUGCAAAUGUGUUUCUACAAACUUUGAUGGAACUUUUUGUGAACGAGAAAUUAAAGUUGUGUUGCUACGAUACAAUAGAGGGUAUGGUUACGGACCCCAAGUUCAAGGUUUUAUGAAAGAAACAAGUUUUAAACAGCCACCAGCAAACUCUUUGUGCUUGUUAACAUUCAACGACGCAGGUAAUAUAAAUAGCAAUAGGGGUGGUCAAGCUUUUGCAUACUUUAUACCACCGGAGACUGGAAUCUAUUAUUUUAUAAUUGCUUGCAAUUAUUACUGCUCAUUAUUUAUUUCAACGGUUGGUAAGCAAGACAGGCGGGUCUAUCUUAGCGCUCCAGGUAAAACGUCUGGUAUAUAUAUAGCAGAAAACGAAAAAAAGUUUUUAGAAAUGUUGAUAACUAAUCCGCAAAACUAUGAGAAUAAUCCGUUUGCUUCUUCAUUUUCUUUGGGUGUUACUUUUCCAAACGGAACUAUAUCAAAUCCAGUUGACAAUCGAUAUUUGGCAUCGAUAUUUUAAAAAAACAAAACAAAUGUUCAAUUUUUUUUCCUCGCAUAGAUUGAUACGUUAUAAUGAGAAUCAAAUUAGUGGAAAAUAUUUUCUUUGAAUAAAUACUUGGGUUCGUGGUCGUGUUUAUAAAAUUCCUAAAAUAAAUUGAAAUAUAUAAAAACACAAUUUUGAAGAAACUAUAUUUGCGGAAAAAUUUGAAUAAACAUUUGUUAAGUAUUAUAAUUUUUAAUUUUUGUUUAAAAGAAAAAUGAUUAAAAAGAAGGAAAAAAACAGCAUAGACGCAUCAAGUGUUUAAAGAGAGAAAAUAUAGCAUUAGUUGUUUUUUUCUUGUAUAUUUAUGUUUUACAUUUUAUCAUAUUACUAUAAUCAGAAUCUUCAUACUAAGA